UGUAGACUAGACCAAUGCCAAAGCAAAUGGCACAGAAUGGCUGCAGUUCUGCAGGGCAAAAUACUGCAGUUUCUAAUGCAUGGUAUUUUGCUGAAAAAUUCUUCGUGUUUCAUUUGCGCAGGCCCUGGCUUGAGUGUCCACCUACAGCGCAACGCCGCAAAGGAGCGUUUUUACGACCAGGGAUGAUGCAGAAACGACCCUAGGACUUCCUCAAUCAUGUUGGUUACCCGUCAGUUUCCCGACGACGCUGUAGCCGCCAGUCACCGCCCUCGCCCAAGAUUUCCCUCUUCAAUCACUUCUCUUCUCGCCAUUUGCUUUUUUCCCCCCUCGCUACAAAUGCCCAUUGUCGCAUUCACAAUGGGACCUAUUCUCGUAUUUAUAGCCAUUCUGGGCUUGUAUCUUGUCGGCAAUGCAAUUUAUUAUGUCACGCUGCAUCCGCUAGCGAACAUCCCCGGCCCAAAGAUCUGCGGGAUCACACGCAUUCCCUACUGGUUGGCUUCGCUCAAGGGCGAGGAUGUCAAAUGGAUGAAGGGCCUGCACGAUCGGUAUGGACCGGUUGUGCGCUUUGGGCCGACGGAUGUGAGCUAUACGGCUGGUGAGGCGUGGAAUGAUAUUCAUGGACCUAAAGUUACGGAGAAGGCGCAGGAGUUUUCUGUGCAGCCUGUCAACGGCGUUCCUAGUAUGCUUACGACUGAUACUGAGAGCCAUACUCGCGUGCGACGGCUGUUUUCACCGGCCUUCUCAGAGCGCGCUUUGAAGCAACAAGAGCCUCUCUUCAAGAAGUACUCAGACCUUCUCAUGUAUAAGAUCUCAGAAGUUGGAAAUGAUGGUGCCAAACCAGUCGAGAUGACGCAACUACUCAACUUCACAACCUUUGACGUAAUGGCAGAGCUCUGCUUCGGACACCCUCUUAACCUCCUAGCACAGAACGAAUACAGCCCUUGGGUGAGAUCUAUCUUUGAGUCACUUAAGAUGUUGCCGAUUGCGUCUAUGAUCAACUACUACCCGAUUCUCAACGCGAUAUUCACUCGUUUUGAACCAAAGUCUGUUACACAACAGCGCGUCACGCAUUGCAAACACUCAGAAGAUCGUGUCAAUCAUCGAUUGGAGAAUGGUUCUGAUCAGCCUGAUGUUUGGAACUUGGUCAUGUCGGCAAAGGAGGGCAAGGGUCUUACACUUGAGGAGAUGCACUCUAAUGCGGAACUUUUCAUGCUUGCUGGAUCUGAGACAACGGCUACACUGCUGAGUGGUUGCCUUUAUAACCUGCUUACCUAUCCCGAAAAGAUGAAGACGCUACUUCAAGAGAUUCGCGGCAAGUUCACGAGUACAGACGACCUUACUUUCGAACGCCUCGCUGAACUCAAAUACAUGAACGCCUGUCUCAAGGAGGCUCUCCGCGUCUACCCCCCAGUUCCCAUCGGAAGUCCACGAGUAGUCCAACCAGGCGGCCAGCAAAUUCUGGGCAAGUACAUCCCACCAGAGACACGCGUAUCAGUCCACCAUUACUCCACCUACCACUCUGAGUCUAACUUCAAGGACGCCGAAAGUUUCGUGCCUGAGAGAUGGCUCAAGACAGACUCAAAGUAUGCUGGAGAUAUGUGGGAGGCUCACCAACCCUUCGGAUUUGGACCUCGGAAUUGUCUUGGACAGAACAUGGCUAUGCAUGAGAUGAGGCUCAUUUUGGCGACCUUGUUGUUUAAGUUUGAUCUUGAGUUGUGCGAGGAGAGUCGGAAUUGGGCGGAUCAGAAGUCUUUUGCGCUGUGGAUCAAGACGCCGUUGAUGAUGCGGGCGAAGCCUGUUGCUACACAUACCAGGCUUAAUAUCUAAGAAUUGCUUGAGGGAAUAAAUCAAGAAUGAGAACCUCUUCCGCUGUAGUGUUUCCCCUCGAUCGGUUCUGUGACUGCCUGGUCCUCAACUCCAAACGCGAGAUGACC